UCAAAUAAUGGUAUAGCAGUUCAAUGUGACUGCCAUGGUGCUGGUAAGGCCGUGCCUCCUUCUUUCUGUUUGACCACGUUCUGUGCGAGACGUAUAUGAUACAAAAUGAGCCUUAAUAUCUCAAAAAAACGAAAGUUCGUUGCCGACGGCAUCUUCAAGGCUGAAUUGAAUGAGUUCCUGACUCGUGAGCUCGCCGAGGAUGGUUACUCUGGUGUAGAGGUUCGCGUUACCCCUGCCCGCACUGAAAUCAUCAUCAUGGCCACCAAAACACAACAAGUGUUGGGUGAGAAGGGUCGUCGUAUUCGUGAGCUGACCGCUAUGGUGCAGAAGCGUUUCAAUUUCGAGCCUGGUCGCAUCGAAUUGUACGCCGAGAAAGUGGCUACCCGUGGUUUGUGUGCUAUAGCGCAAGCUGAAUCUUUGCGUUAUAAGUUGACUGGAGGAUUGGCAGUGCGUCGUGCUUGCUAUGGUGUAUUGCGUUUCAUUAUGGAAUCGGGCGCCAAGGGCUGUGAAGUUGUUGUGUCCGGCAAAUUGCGUGGUCAACGUGCAAAGUCGAUGAAAUUCGUCGAUGGUCUGAUGAUUCACUCUGGUGAUCCAUGCAACGAUUACGUUGAAACCGCUACCCGUCACGUCUUGCUGCGUCAAGGUGUUUUGGGUAUUAAGGUGAAAAUCAUGUUGCCUUACGAUCCCAAGAACAAGAUCGGCCCCAAGAAGCCAUUGCCCGAUAAUGUGUCGGUUGUGGAGCCCAAGGAGGAGAAAAUCUAUGAGACCCCAGAGACAGAAUACAAAAUUCCACCACCCAAACCACUGGAUGAAUUGGCGGAGGUUCCAAAAGUUUUGUAAAUUUUUAAUUUAAAAAAUGCUUUUAUGAAAAAGUGAAGGUAGAAAAUCAAUAAAAAAUUAAAUAUGACGUCUUCAAGGGACAACAAAAAUUCCUAUGGAGAAUUUUUGUAUAAAAUAAGUAAAAA